UGGAAUCUCAGAUAUUCACUUGUUCGUCAUUCUCAGUAAAUAUCUCUACCAUGUGCACUCCACAUGUGAAUGGUACCAGGGACCAUUCGGAACGCACAAUGGGUUUAGAGGAGUUUUAACCUUUGUACCCCUUAAGUGCACAGCAUGGACUAUCAUAUAUCGACCGCAUUCUCUCGAAAUGUGGCAUUGAUUCCGACUUGCUCUUCACAUGCAGAUCACUAUUAUCUCAACUCCACACCCAUUGGAUACAUUGCCGAGCUGCAGGCCAGCCCAACUGCUAGCAACAGAAGACAAACAUUCAUUAUAUUAUUUGGUAUUCAUUUUCAUCUUAGCUCUUUAGAAGGAACCACAUCAUGGCCUCAACAUCUAGCCAUGAUCGCUACUCGGCGAGUGUACCGACCAGCACUGGUCGUCUAAAAUCCUAUCCCGUACGGGUGCCCACGAACUCACCCUCUGAUACUACCAGUCCUUCUCCCCCGGGAUCCCCCGUAGCUCCUUCGACAUCGUACGUCGUGUCAGGGCGGCGGUCGUUGUCCAUCAGUGUCGGUGACUCCGGUGCAUCAAGGUUUCGUAAUGAUUCAAUCACCUCCCAAUCCCAAUACCAUUCCCCUCCCUUGGUAAUACGAACUCGUCGGAGCUCAUUCAGCAUCACCAACCACAUCCUGCAUCCAUCCGGUUCCCGCUACAAGGGGCCGGCCCCUCCACCUAAGAGGACCCUAUGGCAGCUAAUACGUAACAGCAGCAUCCAAUUCGGGUUGGAGUUCUGCUAUGCUACCGAAACGGCCAUGGUCACGCCCAUCCUGCUCCAGCUCGGUCUUCCAACCAAACUUUACGGGCUCGCCUUUUUCUUGGCUCCUAUCUUUGGGUUCUUGAUGAACCCUUUCAUAGGAACCACCAGUGACAGGUGCAUGUGUUCUUGGGGGAGAAGGCGACCCUUUAUCCUAGCUCUUGGUCUCGGGACUUUACUGGGUGUGUCACUCUACCUCAACGGAGGAGACAUAGGUGCCUUGAUCGAGUCUGAAGAUAAUCUGUGGGGUAUCGUGAUCACAUUGAUUGGAGUGAUAUUUCUGGACGUCAGUGCUGACUCAUCUGACGGACCUUCCCGGGCAUACCUCCUCGAUGUCUGUGAUCUCGAGGAUGUCAACACCGGCCUUAACCUCAGAGCCGUUCUCGGCGGUAUCGGGGGCGGCUUGGGUUACAUAGCAAACGGUAUCGACUGGACAUCGACGUCGCUUUCUAAAGCACUAGGAGGGCAACUUCGGGUCGUCUUCCUCCUCAACGUCGUUAUCUACUUCACAUGUCUCAUGAUGAACAUGACCAGUAUUCCAGAAACGCCUCUCAAGAAGUCACCCAAAGACGGCAACGCGGAGAAGGUGACUGUCAGGAGCGACGAAAAUGAGAACGAUGGCGACAUCGAUGAGACAUCACCGCUUAUGAUUGGUCGUUCAAACAGGGGGUCAUAUCAUUCGGAAUCGAAAACGGUUCGUGCUCAUCGUACCAGUACGGAGGAUGAUGUCGCCCAUUCUCCGAUGAAGGAUGGGUCGAGGAGACAUGCAGAAUCUGGGAUAUGGUCUCCUGACGGUCACCAUACCGCACUACCUCAGAUCGGUGAGGAUGAGAGUGUUGCAGAUAACGAUGAGGAACCCGCCUCAGUCCUCGCUCUCUUGAAGUCGAUCCUCCACAUGCCUACCGAACUCCGCCGUCUCUGUGUCAACCACUACUUCGGAUGGGCUGGCAUGGUCACUGUUCUCCUCUUCUUCACAGAUUUCGUCGGUCAGGCAGUGUAUAACGGUGAUCCUACUGCCCCAGAAGGCUCAUAUGCAUACAACGCGUACCAUGAAGGAGUCAAGACGGGAUGCUGGGGAAUGGCCGUCUUUGCUUUUUCAUCUUCUUUAUCAGCAAUAUUCUACAUGAAGGUGGACCAUAUACUUAGCCAUCGUACUCUCUACGUCUUUGGUCAGCUCUGUUUCGCUGUUUGUGCUGGAUUAAUGGCAGUCCUGGUCCAGUAUAAGUAUGCUGUUCUCACUUUCUGUUUUGGCUUCGGCGUCCAGUUCACCACGCUCAUGACCAUUCCCUUCAACAUCCUUGCCGAAUUCCACGAUUGUCCUUCGUAUAAGAAUCCAAAGGGUGGGGUGAAACGAGGUUUGGGCACGGACGUCGCAUGUCUGUGCUGUCAGCUCUUUCUUGCUCAGAUCACCGUCUCAGCUAUCAUGGGACCUUUGGUCAGCGCCCUUGGAUCUCACGUCACCGUCGUCAUAUUCGCCUCCAUCAUGGGAUUCCUAGCCUCGUUGUCGUCAGCGUUAAUUGUUAUCUACAAGCCUAUCCCACCCAAGGUGAAAGAAAAUAACUCAAUUCAAGAACAGUGUUGACAGUCGCGGUCAUCUUUGAAAUCGUUCUUUCCUUCUCUUGUUUCCAUUCAGUGUAUACUGCAUGGUUCCACUAUAAGUUCUUGUAGUGCAUUACACUUUUGUAUGAAAACGAAAUAUAUAUUCAGUAUUACAUGUUCGGAUCUCAAGAUUAAACAAGGAGCACAUACGGUUUUGAUUUGAUCAGGCUAUUAAAAAAAAAAUCAAUAAUGGCAAUAGUCAAAUUAAAUUUAUACAUGUAUACUACUCUGCACUGAGACACAUAAUUCAUGAUUUGCUCUGCUUCGAUUUUGCCGCAUCGUAAUCCAAUCGUUUAAAAUUUGGCUGCAUUAUAAUGAGCAACUCGGUCCUUGAAGUCGUUACAUAUAUUUCUGCAACCAAAUAUGAGCUGACCGAAAUCAAAGUUUACCACAAAAGGGAAUAACUUCUUUACCAAAGUUUCAUCUUUUUGUAUUAUGUGUCAGAAAAAUUAGAUCGAAUAGUAAAAGUGUAUGAG